GAGUGUUCCGCGAGGCCGUGACGGAGUUCGACGUGGACGCUCGGGCGCUGAGCAAGGCUGGAGGUCCUCACGUCAAGACUCGUGUCACCAACCCCUCGGGGAACGUCACCGAGGCCUUCGUGGAGGACAGAGGAGAUGGCACCUACCACGUGGAGUACACACCCUACGAGGAGGGGCUGCACACGGUGGAGGUGAGCUACGCUGGCACGGCCGUACCCCACAGCCCGUUCCGCGUGCCUGUGGCCGAGGGCUGCGACCCAGCGCGCGUGCGCGUGCACGGCCCUGGCAUCCAGAGUGGCACCACCAACCAGCCCAACAAGUUCACCGUGGAGACCAGGGGUGCUGGCACCGGUGGCCUUGGCUUGGCUGUAGAAGGUCCCUCAGAGGCCAAAAUGUCCUGCACGGACAACAAAGAUGGAAGUUGCUCCGUGGAGUAUGUGCCCUACGAACCAGGAACCUACAGCCUCAACGUCACCUACGGUGGCCACCAAGUCCCUGGGAGUCCCUUCAAGGUGCCAGUGACGGAUGUGGUGGAUUCAUCCAAGGUGAAGUGCUCGGGGCCGGGGCUGACGCCUGGUGCCGUCCGUGCCAACGUGCCCCAGACCUUCACCGUGGACACCAGCAAGGCUGGCGUGGCCCCACUGGAUGUGAAGGUCCAGGGCCCCAAAGGUGUGGUGGAGCCCGUGGACGUGGCUGACAACGGGGACGGGACACAGCGCGUCAGCUACGUCCCCUCCCGCGAGGGCACCUACAACAUCUCCGUGCGCUACGGCGACGAGGAGGUGCCACGCAGCCCCUUCAAGGUGAAGGCACUGCCCACCCACGACGCCAGCAAGGUGAAGGCGAGCGGCCCCGGGCUGAACACCACGGGCGUCCCUGCCAGCCUCCCCGUGGAGUUCACCAUUGACGCCAAGGACGCGGGCGAGGGGCUCCUGGCUGUCCAGAUCACG